CGGCACUGGGAGGGAGCUGGGGCAGUCGAGCCCCACUGCAUCCUCAGCGCCCCGGUGGAGCCCCAGGACCAGUACAUAGUCUGCAUCGCCCCCUCCGGGGCCAUGCGCCCUGCUUCUUAAGCCCCCACCCGGCGGCGGGCGCCGUGCGCACCCCUCCUGUCUUUUCUCAAUAUUUGAGUAUUAGUUGGCUUUUUUUUUGUUGUUGUUUUUAAUUUUUGGAGAGGGAAGGCUGGGAGGAAGCGGACAGGGGGGCAGGUGCUUUUUUUUCCCCUCGCCUUUCUUGUUGCCGCUCUGGAUUCCCUGGGCUAAGCCGGGCGGCGACAGUGCGCACGGGGGAGGUGGCUGCUGCUGCUGUUGCUGCUGCUGCUACUGCUGCCCGGAGCGGCGGCGGCUGAUCGGCUGCAGCUCCCCCCUGCUUUUCCCAUCGCUCCCCCCCAUCUCCUCGUCCUCCUCCUCUCCCUCCACCUCCCCCCCCCUCCUUUUCGCGGUUGGCGGCGGCACCGGCGGCUUCGGAGAGCUCGGUUCCACCAAUGAGGAUCAACUUGCAGGAGGAGACCCACCCCACUGCCAGGCCCUGACACCAGGAACUCCCCUAGAUGGUCCAGGACUGACACCCUAUCCCCACCCCCUUUCCCCAUCUACUCUGACUGGGCUUCUUCUGCCUGGGAGCUCCUGCAGCUGGUGUGAAGAGCUUUGUGGAGGGAGAGUAGCAGGCUUCCAGACCAUGCAUCUGCCUUGAGGCCAGCUCCAUAUUCUGUCGGUGUCAGCGUCAUCCCUGGCCAUCAGGGGCGAGAGCCCAUUCCUGGGCUCAGGGUUGGUUGGGAAGCUCCCCUGACGGGGCUCAGUUGCCAUCCCGGCCCUGGCCCCAACCAUGUCUAGUCUUGUUGGCAGUCCACAGCCCGAUAGUGGCGGCAGCAGCAGCAGUAGCAGCAGUAAGUCAGGCACUGUAGAGAAAUGCAGUUCAGAUGAGACCCUUCCCCCUGCCAACCCAGAGCGACGGAACAAGAGUGGCAUCAUCAGUGAGCCCCUCAACAAGAGUCUGCGGAAGUCUCGGCCUCUGUCCCACUACUCUUCCUUCAGUGGUGGCAGCUCGGUGGGUGAGCUGGUGGACAAGGCAGCUGCUGCCUCUGGGCUGGCCAAUGGGCACGACCCGCCCAUGGACAAAACCAACUCUACCUCAAAGCACAAAAGUGGUGCUGUGGCCAGUCUGCUCAGCAAGGCGGAACGGGCCGCAGAGCUCUCUGCCGAAGGACAGCUGACACUGCAACAGUUUGCUCAGUCCACAGAGAUGCUGAAACGGGUGGUUCAGGAACACCUUCCCCUGAUGAGUGAGGCUGGGGCUGGGCUCCCAGACAUGGAGGCCGUGUCAGGCACUGAGGCCCUGAAUGGCCCUUCCGACUUCCCCUACCUAGGCGCCUUCCCCAUCAAUCCGGGCCUCUUUAUCAUGACGCCCGCAGGUGUGUUCCUGGCUGAGAGCGCCUUGCACAUGGCAGGCCUAGCAGAAUAUCCUAUGCAGAGUGAGCUGGCUUCUGCCAUCAGCUCGGGCAAGAAGAAACGGAAACGUUGCGGCAUGUGCCCGCCCUGCCGACGGCGGAUAAACUGCGAGCAGUGUAGCAGUUGUCGGAACCGAAAAACUGGCCACCAGAUUUGCAAAUUCAGAAAAUGUGAGGAGCUCAAAAAGAAGCCUUCUGCUGCUCUGGAGUGUACUUCAGUACAAGAGGCAAUCCAUGUUGGUGAUGGCAACAGCAGCAUGGAGAGGAAGGAGUGAAGGAGUACAGAAAGCAAGCCUACUGAGGUCUAGGGUAGGGAAUAAGUGAGGGCUUUUGGGGGGCCAGCCACCCCCAGCCUGUGACUUAACUCCACUUGUUUGUCUCUCCUGUCUCCCCACCCCAUCCUUCCUUCUCUUCCUUUCUCUCCAGAAGGUGAUGCUUCCAACGGGAGCCGCCUUCCGAUGGUUUCAGUGACGAGUGGAGCCCCGGAGCUGCCAUCUCGUGCAAUGUCCUUGCUUGUGUUGUCUCAAGUAGGGAAUUCGGGCGAAGACGAAUGGAUGCACCUAUGUCUUUUAGAACCAAAAAUAUUCUCUCGCAGAUUUCAUUCCUGUUUUUAUAUAUAUAUUUUUUGUUGUUGUUUUAACAUCUCCACGUUCUAGUAUAAAAAAAAUAAAAAAAAAAACAAAAACAUUUAACUGCUUUGCAGAAGAAGAAAAAAAGAAAAAUGAAUCUGUAAAGUAUGGAGACUUAAUAGCAGAGAAUGGACAAUCAGUUUCCUUCGUGUGUUGAUGUUUCUGUUGUUUGUGUGGAAGAUGCAGUUUCUGUGUAGAGAAUGUAAAUUUUCAGUAACCUUUUGAAAUCUAGUUACUAAUAAGCACUACUGUAAUUUAGCACAGUUGUUUAACUCCACCUCAUUUAAACUUUGUUUGAUUCUUUCCCAUCAUAAAAUAGUGCAUAGUUUUCCUAGAGUACGCCACUUCAUGUUUAUAAUGAGAAUAUGUUUAUAGAGAUAUAGAGCCCCCACCCCAGAACCAUCUACAUCUGCAACUUAGCAGCCAGGAGCAAAUCGUCAGAGGUGGGCGCCCCCCAAGAAGAACAUGUCAUAACCCAGUGGUCCUUCAAAAGAAAAUUAAACAUGGUGACAAUGAUGACUUUAAAAGUUCUGUUAUCUAAGUUAUGUGGAUCUAGGGCUGCACAUACAGAGGCGCCCCUAAUCCCAGUUUUACUUAGAAAGAAAAAAAUCACUUUUAUAAUCUCACUGAGGUUAAAGACAGAACUGUCCCCAGGGCAGUGGGGGUGCCCUGGGGCUGAGGAUUCUCUCCCCCCCCACCUACAUCACCACACCCAGGCCCUGGUCUCUUACUGCUGAUGGACAUGCUGUUUGUAUUGUUUUAGCGAACCAGGCUGUUUUGUGAAUAAAAUGAAUGCAUGUUUUGUGUCUCAAUUCA